AUGGCACGUACAAAGCAAACUGCUCGGCAAUCAGUUGGGGGAAAAGCGCCUCGAAAGCAGCUCACUGGUAAGCAAGCUUGGAAAGAAGUUGUGAAGAAUCGGGGCAAUGGGGACGAUGACCCGAAAGACAAGAAGCCACAUCGUUUUCGCCCUGGCACGGUUGUGCUACGAGAGAUCAGGAGGUACCAGAAGUUCACCCAGAUGUUGAUCCACAAGUUGCCGUUCCAGCGCCUGGUGCGAGAGAUUGCACAGGAAAUAAAGAAUGUACCGAAAGGUCGAGGAGAGCUGGAUAUUCGGUUCCAAAGCAGCGCACUCCAAGCAUUGCAGGAGGCAGCAGAAAUGUAUCUCGUCAACUUGUUUGAGGACACCCAAUUAGCCGCGAUACAUGCCAAGCGCGUGACAAUACAGAUGAAAGACAUGCAAUUGACAAGGAGAUUGCGCGGUGAUCCGAUGUGA